AUGUGGAGGCUCAACCGGCUGUGCUUUUCGCGCCUCUCGCCGGACCCUUCACUGGUGGCUCUGGCGCCCGGUGUGGGGCGUGUAGACGUGUACCGCAACGUCGUGAGUGCCCGCAACGAGGAGCGCAUCUGGAACGAGCUAAAUCUCGUGCUGGAGCGGGAGGGCCAGAAGGUGCUGCUGGAGAACUCGACGCCGCAGAAUAAGGUGGUGAAGCACACGUACCUGGAGAUGCACGGGGAUCAGCAGUUCACAGAGGUGAAGAGUUGGCAGCGAAAGGAGGUGCGGCGGCUCCCCGGCCUCACGUGGUCCCCGACGUUGAUGGCAAUGCUGCAAGAUGUUGCACAGCCGCUGCUUGGCGCCAUGCCGGACACCGCACGUGUGGUGGAGCACAACCUCCCUGGCUACGAGAUGCACAUUGAGCACCCGACCGUUGGCUGCUGCUUUCUGUACCUCUCGCUGCUGUCCGACACGGUCCUGACGUUUGACGAUGAGUCGACAGGGCGGCGCGGCCACGUCCUGCUGCCACAGCGCUCGCUGUUGCGCUGUUCGGGUGAGGCGCGCUGGGGCUGGCGCUUCGGCGAACAACCGAGCGAAACACAUACUUUUGUGGGUGAAUCGGGUAUCCGACGCGUGGUGGAGCCAGACAUGCGGCUCAGCGUACAGGUGUGGAAGUUCACACCGCAGCUACUCGACGCAAGACUGCUGCAGGAUCGUAUGGAGCAGACCAUGCGUCACUUUGAGGAGUGCGAAAGGCACCGCGCCGAGGCGGGGACGACGGAGGAGCGGCGCCCGUCACCACCGCGUGACUUAACCGCAGCUUCAGUGGAACAAACAGCUGGCACCGGUCCCCUCGGCGGUGACUACGCCGCUGGAAUGUCAUCACCAUCGUCGCUGCCGCGUGGAGGCGCGUCGAGUAGCAUGGAUCAUAUCGCGAAGGAUUACACCGGUUAUAAACAGCAGUUCCAGAACGUUUAUGGGGUGUUGCAAGAGAUGAAGGCGCUGCAGGAUGCCGGGCAGCCAAUCAACGAUAUGUGGCUGAAGCAGAAGAUACAAAGCGGCCAGAAGGACGCCGAGCGCGAUGCGAGCGAAGGCUUUGACGCGGAUGACGUGGAGGGAACAUGGGACCGUGUGGAUGCGCGGGCGCGAUUCUACAAGGCUCGGCUGAAGGGUAUGGACUACGACGGCAGUGCCAACCUCAACAGGCAUAUGCCGGACGUGACGGAGGAUGCGCCGCUCGAUAUGAAGAAGACGAUACGGAAGAUCGCCCCGCUUGUGAAGGACGGAGAAAAGAUACUCGCGAGCUUCCCUGGCGGGCAGUAA